AUGUUUCUCACGUUUGAAUCAUCUCAAAAGAGCGAGAAAAGUCCACGCAACCCAAAACAUUCGAAAAGACAUGCACGCUCAAGUCGGCGAGGCUCUCAGCCGCGAGCAUGUUCUUCCUGCCGUCAUCGCAAGAUAAAAUGCGAUGGCGAGAAACCUUGCGAAGCUUGUCGAUGGUACAGGAAGCCUGAGCUGUGUACCUACCCAGAGCGUCAUGACCCUCAAAGUUCACCAAGCCACUCGAAUACUCAGUCAGAGAAACCAGCAACAGUCCCAACCGACUACCGGAGUACAUUAGCAAGGCUGUUUCCUGACACUGCUCCCGAAAAUAUCGCCCAUUUAUCAAGAGAAGAACUCUUGGCUUUGAUGUCCAUCGAUGGGUCCCAAUAUGCCCAACCUCAGGAUUCACCAGCAAACGUCCCUUCCGUUGGGACAAAGGCCUCCACAUUGUCAAUGGAAAGACCCGACCUGGAGUCCUUGCAUUCAAUACCGGGAGAACAGCUCGAAGAAAACCAAAGUUCUGGUACUUCGGAAUCGAUCGGACACAUCUCAGAUGACGUGAAUGCACUAUCCUUAACAAACCGCAAUCCCACAUCAUAUUUAGGGGUUUCAUCCAUCCAAGCCGCGCUCAAGGUGAUCGCAUGGCUCCACCCUGAAUUUGAAGCCUAUUUUUCCAUUGCUUUGACCAAGGAGCAAAGUGGCAAGCAAAACAGCGUGUCACCUAAUGCCUUGGUUCCACCCGCCUCAUGCUCUCUACCUACUGAAAUGGAGAUGGUAGAUGCGUACUUUGCUAAUUUCCAUCCGUUCACACCACUUUUAGAUGAAGAGAACUUUCGAAAAACUUACCUCAAUGGUCAACGGAGGGACAACCGAUGGCUGUCUUUGGUGAACAUCGUUCUUGCAUUGGGAAACAUUGCAGCAUCAGGAUCGGGUGCAGAUAACCAGAUGCAUUAUGAAUAUUUCCAACGAGCAAUGAGUCAGUUGAAUUUGAGUUCGCUCGGGACACCCAGUUUGGAAGUUACCCAGGCACUGGGGCUUAUGGGCGGCUGGUAUUGCCACUAUAUUAGCCAGCCAAAUUUGGGAUAUUCUCUGAUGGGCGCGGCCAUGCGAAUGGCCAUCACGCUGGGUCUACAACGAGAGCCAUAUGACAGUCAUAUAUCCGUGAAUCCCUCAAGGUCCAUAGCCCAAGAGUCAAAACGCCGCGUUUGGUGGUCGCUUUGUUGCUUGGAGAUAUGGGGUCUUGAGACACUUGGUAGACCAAGUAUGGAUUGCUUUGGCCCUGGUAUCACUGUCAAUCUACCCAGUCUCCAUGACAAGGAAAACUACACCAAGAUUCUGGCCUUGACCGAGAACGUCCAAUUUGUGCGAAUUGCCACGAAAAUCCACGGAUUACUUGCAUCCCUUCCAACAAUUAAAUAUGCGGAAAUGUUCGAUAUAGACUCGCAACUCGUUCAGUGGUGGAAUAAUCUCCCCCCAUUAUUAAGGGACUACGAACCCUGUCCAGAGUCAAUGUUUGCAGUGCGUACGGUUAUGCGUUGGCGAUACAAAAACCAGCGUAUGUUACUAUACCGUCCCACCCUUCUCAACUACGCUAUACGAAGAAUCCCUUUCAUGGCUAUCCGCACUGAGGAGCGUGCUGCGAUAGAGAAGUGCCGCGAAAUUGCAAAGUCCUUGAUCCAGGACAUCUCAAUCACGUCACCGAUGAACAACAUAAUCGGCUGGAACGCCGUGUGGCUAUUAUUCCAGGCGACAAUGGUUCCGCUGGUCUGCCUUUCCCUCGGCUCCACGCAUGGUGGGUUUUCUGGAUUGCCAGAUGACUCAAAGGCGCAGGUUGACGCCGCUAUAUUGACUCUUGAUCGAUUGAAACUCUACGGACAUACUGCGGAACGCUCCCGCGAAGUCAUUUCACGUAUCCUCGAAGCCAACAUGCAAAGUCCCAAUGGGGAGUCAUUUGAUGCCAGUUCAAGUCAAAUUGGUGCACAGGAUUUCCCGUUCAUGAACAUCUUGACCAACUCACAAGGUAUCGGCCAGGAUCAAUUGGCGGAUCGGAUGGCUCCAGGUUUUGGCAACGGCUGGUCCGAGUCCAUGUGGGAGUAUUUGGGUUGGGAAUCAGGCGAGGUCUGGCCAGAGAUCUCGAAGCUGAAUGUGCAAACCGAGGUGAUGGCGUUUUUGGAUCCUGUCGAUACCGAAAUGUGA